CAGAGAGAAGAGAAAGGAAAACUCAUUUACACGGAGUAAAAAUUGAUAGAAAAACCCUAGAAUUUCCCCAAAAUAAACAGUUUUGGACGAAGAAUUUGAUCUGAAGAAUGUUUGGAGGAGGAGGAUCUCUGUUUUCGAAGACUAAGAGUCUACUUGUUCUUAACAAAAAAGAAGCAGCAGUACCACGAAGUCUUCCGGACGAGUUAUAUCAUGAAUUUUUUUUGAGAUUACCAGCGAAAUCAACAUUUACAUUGAAUUUUAUGAUAAAGCUGUUGAAAUGGAGCAUCCUCGCCCAUUUAAUUCUGCAGAGUUAGUUGGUAUUGUGGUUCUUGCAAUGGUUUCGUCUGCUUACUGCUCUGUACGGUUUCUACAGAAUUCUUUAGUCUUUGGAAUCCAGCCACUGGAGACUAUAAAAGGUUACCUGAUCCGCCUUUUAACUUAAAAGAGAAUUUGUUUUGUAACUGGCCAAGAUAUCUUUGUUAUGACUACAAAAAUGAUGAUUACAAGAUGGUUUAUAUUGGAAAUUGCGGUCAGGAUACUUCUAGGUUUCCACUGUAUGUCUACACGUUAAGAUCGAAUUCAUGGAAAACCCUUCAAACUAAACACUAUUCUGGUUGGGUGCUUGUUAAUGGAGCUCUUCAUUGGUUAGCUAAAACCCCCAAAGUUAUUGUUUCUUUUAAUAUUAGCGAUGAGAGAUUUAAAGAAAUACAACUGCCAGGAGAAGUAGUGGAGAAAAUGCACCUCUACCCACUUAUAACUUUGAAAGUAUUGGAAGGGUGCCUUUGUGUAAUUCGUGUGGAGCGUGAUGAAGCAUGGGUGAUGCGGGAAUAUGGAGUUUGGGAAUCUUGGAUGAAACAUGAAAACAAGAUUGCGAGUCGAUAUAAGUACCUAAAGUGGUCUUCUGAGACUGGUGAUUGUCUAAUAUACAGUGAAGGCACUGAUUUAGUUUUAUAUGGCCCGAAGCAUUUGAGUGCUACACGACUAAAGAUUGGUGGUUUAGAGAUCACAAUUGUGGAUAGUUACGUUGAAAGCCUAGUUUCUCUCAACACCGGUACUUACUUGGGGAGAACGAAGGUGAUUACACGAAGAAUAAACAUAUGGAGAAAAAGGAGUGAACUGCUAUUAGUCGUCCUUGUAAUGGAUUUUCUGUUGUGGCGGAUGUGGUGAACAACUGUUUCAGUUUACACUGAAAAGUGAAAAAGUAAGAAAGGAUAAAUGAGGUAAAAAGUUACUCUCUCAGCAUAAGUAAUUUAUAUGUUUUGCACUUUUGCGCUAUUUUGGGAAUCUUUUUUGGUAUAACUAAACCAUGUAAUGGGAUUGAAAACUGUGUUCUGUAUCCAGCUUAGAGCAAAACAAUUCUCGUAUAGAGUUCUGGUUAACUUUUUUGUCA